ACACAUGUGCGGGUCGGGCCUAUCUCUUCCUUCGCAGUCGGGGUCCGUGAACGCGUAGGCUUGCCAGUCAGACACCGUCUUCCUCAGGCGCUUGAGGAACUGUGAAUGAUAGAGGCUGGCUGUAUGUGCUGGAAUCGGAGAAUGCACAAUGGGUAUGAACCUACAGAAGUUUCGUAACUUCUUCUCAACGAAGGAAGUUUGGUGCUAGCGCAAACUCACUCCAGAAUGGGAAGAUAACAUCAGUGGAAGAUCAUUUGAGAGAAGGGUUUAUAGACUUGGCGAGUGAUCGGCGUCAAGGUGGUGGUGAACAGUUGAACGCUGGAUCGGAAAACCAGAGACCAUCACAAUCAAACUGUGGAUGUAAACAUAGCAUGGUGGUUACUUGGCAUGGAGACGCACUGUAGUGAAACACUUUUAUAACGAGGUUGUUGUACACAGGUAGGCAUAUCGUGAAUUGAGAUGCUGUUAUAACGAGGUAACACAAGUUGAACUUGUGCCUUGGAAUACCAAGUUUACGGACUGCUUUGCUUCGUUCGGCCCUUGCUGGACUUACCUAAUACUUCAGUGUGGAAAGCAGCUGUAUGGGGGAGAUAGCGUGGAGGACACAGUGAUAGCGUUCACUAUAACAGAAUCAUGGCCGCGAGUUGAAGAAAUUCGGAUUUAUAAAGUAAACCAGUGAAGUUUUACCACAUAAACAUUCCCAAGUGGAAGAACCGUGACGCCAUAUAUUCUUGGAAAUUUCACCCAGGGGUACAUUUUCUGUGUGAGGAGGUGUACUGAGCGGUUCUGUGAAAUUUUGGAUUUAAUUAAGCCCGUUUUGUUGGAACCAACAUCUAGAAGCUAUGGUCAUCAACCGGUCAGAGUUCGGAUUGUGAAUAUUUUACUCAGCGCCAGUCUCAAGAUAGCAGAUAAACUAUCCUUUGCCUCAACCUCAUUUGAAGAUUAUCAAUGGUAGUUUGAAUCGUACAUAUCAAACUAAUUGGUACUGUAUUAUCUACAAGAGCAAGAAGCAUGUAAAUAAUAUCUAAGAUCAGUUUGAUAUCAGAGUAUAUCAUAACCUAUGACUUUCAGUAAAGAUCAUAAAAGAUGUGUUAUGAUUAGACGUCAUUUGUGAACAAAAACAUUUCUGUAUCCUGUAUGUCCCGAGCCAUGUUGAAACCCUUCCCAGCAUUGUCAACAGGUGUUUAAUCAAAAUGUCGGGGAGAGGAAAGGUGUUUCAUCGCAACGGUGGAGCACCGGAAUACAACAUCGCCCUGGUUGGAUCUUUGGGGGUGGGGAAGUCAGCGCUCACCGUCAAGUACAUCACAAAGCGGUUCAUCAUGGAGUAUGACCCUGACCUUGAGGGGACGUAUACGAAGCACGAGGACUGGGACGGCCAGGAGCUACUCGUCAAUAUCAUGGAUACCUGUGAUAAGGACGACAGCGAGGCAAUGCGCUAUCUGAAGUGGGCAGACGGCUUCCUGGUGGUGUACAGUAUCACCAGCAGGCAGAGUUUCGACAAGGCCCGGGAGUAUCUGGACCUGGUCACUCAACAUCUGAAGAACACGUCCAGAGAGUGUCCGGUCGCGCUGGUCGGCAACAAGAUUGAUCUGGAGAGAUACAGACAGAUCAGCAAGGCAGAAGGGUCUGGGUUGGCCGCAGAAGUGGACUGUUCGUUCUUCGAGACGACGGCAGCCGAGGAGUUCGAGCACGUGGAGGGCGUGUUUCAGCGCGUGCUGCAGGACAUUCACCAGGAAAAGUACGGUCACGUGUUACAGCCACUCGUUAUAUCGGAGGACAAGGCAGCGUUCUUUGCUUCUGCCCGCAGGCCUAAGUCCCCCAGGGGGACGUCUGACCGUAAGGAGGAAAAGAACACAGCCAAGAAAACCCCCACAACAUUCAACAAACUGUUUAAGAUAUUUAAUUGACGAAGCUUACGAGUUCAUGGUGAUGAUACUACAAGCACUAGGUCAUUAGAUGCAGAAAGCCAGUCUAUGUACAUACAUGCCGUAUGUGUGUCCCUGAGAUGUGAAUAGUUCAUCAGCGUUCUCGCAUAUGACGUCACGAGAUUCUGCAUGCAAUUACAGAUCACGACUGGUUACCUUUAACGGCAUCGGUGCCUAUGGUGGCGCACUAUUUACGCUGGCUUUUGUCAUAUGUCUCAUCAGUGGUCAGUGAAGUCAAAACACGUCAUAAGGUGAAAACACAAUGGAUGUGAAUAGUCUAAUCGAUAACCCUACAAAUGUGAUCGUACUAUUAGGUUUGCUCAUCAUUUUGGGAAAGUGUGGGUACAUCAGGUUUCUCCCAAGUGCGCAAUGUUCUGUGAAAUCAUUGGCAAGCAACCUUGACGAGGCCUGCUUGACUGAUGCGAAACAUUGGUAUCAUGACACAUAAGCAUCUAAAUAUGUCGAAGUAGACCCGUACACAUCGAGGAUGAAACGACCUUGGUAAAUUAUGUAUAUUCUCAAGGAUCGAGUUUUCGGACCUCUGUCACUUCAGCGUCCUUGCAUUCACUCGUAACCUUAAUACGUGCAUUUUGGAAUAUUAUUGAUAUACAUGUAUUUUCAUGCCCAGUGGCACGAAAAGACCUUAGCUCUGCAGUCUCUGAAGUAAAACUUUAUGUUGUUAAAUUCUCGUUUAUAUGUAGCAGAAAGGACUAGAGACAAUUUUAACUUACUUGAUAUUUAAACUUUUUAAGUUUUGUUUCAGUGUCUAUAUGACAGACUAGUAUAAGAGACGCGUUGGUUGUAGCACCGAGGUCGCUUUGUGAACGGGUCCAUGGGUUCGUUGCAUAAAUCAGCAUCGCAAGCGUCUGUGGUUGGUGUUUACACGUCACACACAAACACCUUGGCCCCGUUCCACAAAGCGAUCGUUACGCUAAUGUGAUCGUAACUCACAUACUUUAACAUUGGCUUACGACAGUCGUAGCGCUGAGGUGAUAGUAACUCACAUAC